CUGACACACACCUGCUCACACACACCUGAACACACACACCUGAACAGACACCUGAUCACACACACCUGAACACACACACCUGCUCACACACACCUGAACACACACACACCUGAACACACACACCUGAACAGACACCUGAUCACACACACGUGAACACACACACCUGCUCACACACACCUGAACACACACACCUGAACAGACACCUGAUCACACCAGGCUUGGAAUUCCGUUAGGGCACAAAGUCCAUUUAGGGAAAAAGGAGGAUUUGGAUCUGACAAAUAAACAGCUUCACUUUCUGAUAAUAAGAAUGACGUGGAACACAAAUCCCAUUUUACCACACUGCGCGUUGAAGAGAGUAGAUUUUCAUUCAAUGUGUGCGGCAAAAAAUAAAUCACAAGAGGAGCAAAGCGCUCGCAGCCCCACGGAGACAGCAUCUCAUAAGUCAGAGCUGAUGUGUGUGUGUGUGUGUGUGUGUGUGAAAAGUGUAGAAGAGGAGACGAGAGGGCUUAGACUACAUCACCAGCGGUACAUAAUACAAACAGAACAUGACAGAAGUUGACCCUCUACUGGAGCUUUGGUGAGCGGAAGUAUAGUUCAUGUGUCGAUGGAUCCAUUGCUAUUGUAACCACGGUGACGAGGGUCUGUGUUUUCCUACAGUCUGAAGUUUUCAUGCCGAGGCAUCACGGUUGGUGUUGUUGGUAAGUUUUGCUUUGUGGUAGCGCUCUCUACUGCAUGUAUUAAGGUACAAAAGGCCUUUAUAUCUAAGUUGUUCGUGCCCCACCAGUUUUGUUCAUAUAAAACGCCACUGGGUGAGGAGAAGGGAGGUUCCUAGAGAGAGAGAGAGACGGGGGAGUGUGUGUGUGUGUGUGUGUGUGUGUGUGUGUGUGUGUGUGUGUGUGUGUGUGUGUGUGUGUGUGUGUGUGUGUGUGUGUGUGUGUGUGUGUGUGUGUGUGUGUGUGUGUGUGUGUGUGUGUGUGUGUGUGUGUGUGUGUGUGUGUGACAGUAACCUGUCUCAGAAGUGAAUAAACUCACGGACAGAGACACGACAGCGAGACGCUGCAGUGAUGACCGAAUGAUGCGAUGAUGACACGUGAGGUGCGCGCAACCAAUCCAAGCUACAAGCACUAAUGCAGCUCAGAGCCCGGACCACCGCUCUGACACUGUUAAAGCAGCGUCGAGAUUCUAACAGAAUCAGGGCACAACGGCCACGGUGGCCGUAGGACGUACAAUUAUUUUCGGGGCAUCACGGCCAGACCGAGGGGCAAUGAAGGCCAUGGCUGAAAUUCCCACCUUGGUUCACACACACCUGAACAGACACCUGCUCACACACACGAACAUACACACCUGCUCACACACACACACACACUCCUGAGAUGAUGUGUUGUCUCGGGCUGGGACCUGAACUCCGUUCCUCAGAGUCUGUGAAGAAUAUAAACCGUGCUGGAUGUGAGGAAGACGAUAUGUGGUUCUGGUGUUCCAGUCACCUCCUUGUGAAUGUGGGUGUGAGGCGUCGGGUCACGAGCCGCUCGUCUUCAGAGGAAACAGGACGUCUGAUCUGCGGAUGAGCUCUGAAACGGCUCCUCUUAGAUUUAAAUCCAUCCGGCUGCUCAGGUGAGAUCUCUUUCAUGUAUUGAUUUAUUGCCUCUCUGCCUCGGAGCGCUCUGAGGAGGGACGGCUUCAGUUUCUGUUUUCAUUUUAGUGCCGUUUUGUCCAAAUGAUAUCUUUCAACAUUUAGCAGAAUUCUAAUUGAGUGUUCUUUUGUCUGUCCUUUCGGGGUCCACAGCAGAUCUAUUACCUGUACUGUUGGGAGCAUUACAGCGUUACUUGUGUCUCAUGACCUUAGCUUCUUCCGUCACAUAUUGGCCUGUCUUCAUUUCUGUGCCUUUCAUUUAUUAUUUCUGGCUGUUUCUUUGUUUCAGAAACGCUGAGUAUUUGAUCCUCUGGGAAAUAAAGCAGACCAAAGAAGUUCCAAUACUUAGGAUAUAAAUAUAUAGAUUGUAAUAGUAUUAUAUCGAUAUAUUUGUGCGAUGGCUCCUCGGAGGAUGGAGACGAAGCCGGUGAUCUUCCUCCUGAAGUCCCUGCUGCUGCUCUACUGCAUCGUCUUCUGGGUGUCGGGGGUGGUGCUGCUGUCGGUGGGCCUGUGGUGGAGCUUCAUGCUGGGCCCCUACACCUCCCUGAUCUCCAGCGGCCCCUCCAUCGCCCCCUACGUCCUCACCGGAACCGGGGCCGCCAUCGUGCUGUUCGGCCUCUUCGGCUGCUACGCCACCUGCAGGGGCCGCUGCUGGAUGCUCAAGCUGUAUGCCGUGUUCCUCACGCUGGUCUUCAUGACGGAACUCAUCGCAGGAAUCUCGGGGUUCGUGUUUCGCCACGAGAUCCAAGGGACGUUCCUGACGACGUACAGUGAGGCGGUGAUGAAGUACGACGGACGAGACGACCGCAGUCUGGCCGUGGACGGCGUUCAGCGCAGACUGCACUGCUGUGGUGUGUAUAACUACACCAGCUGGCUCAGCAGCGUGUACUUCCCCGUGAGCGGCAUCCCCGCUAGCUGCUGCGCCAGCUUCGCUGACUGCAGAGACUCCGAGCUCAGGAACGCCACACUGGCCGCACGCAUCGUCCACAAACAGGGCUGUUAUGAUCUGGUGACGUCCGUCAUCGAGGGGAACUUGGGGAUCAUCGCUGGAGUCACGUUUGGCAUCGCCUUCUCUCAGCUGAUAGGACUGGGUUUGGCCUGCUGCUUGUCUCGCUUCAUCAACACCAACCAGUACGAGAUGGUGUGACAGGAAACUGACGUUGUUUCCAGAAGAAGAUUUCCCUCUGAAGGUUGGAGACAUAGACCUAAUUAAUAUGAAUAUUAAUGACGUGUAAUAAAUGGAAUGUCACUGAGUC